GUUAAGGUAACAGGAGGUGUGUUUAAGAGAAUAUAUGUAUACUUGGGGGCAUGUAAAGAAGGUUUCAAGGCUGGUUGUAGUCCUGUGAUAGGACUUGAUGGGUGUUUUCUGAAGACUACACAUGAGGGUCAAUUAUUAGCAGCAGUGGGGAUUGACGGUGAGAAUUGUAUGUUCCCAGUUGCUUGGGCAGUUGUGGAUGCAGAGAAUAGAGCCAAUUGGACUUGGUUUAUAGAACAAUUGUUGGUGGAUAUAGAAAUGUAUAAUAGUAGGGCUUGCACUUUCAUAUCUGACAAGCAAAAAGGAUUGGUUGAAGCCCUGAAUCAGUGUUGUGAAGGUGCAGAACACAGGUACUGCGCCAGACAUUUGUACAGCAAUUUCACUCUCAAACAUAAAGGGCUAACUCUAAAGAAUUUGUUCUGGGUUAUAGCCAAGUCUACAACUGUACCAGAGUGGAAUGCAGUUAUGAAUGAGAUGAAGACAGUGAAUGAAGAAGCCUUCUCUAGGGAAAAGCCUAUAAUCACAAUGUUGGAUAAGAUAAGGCAUCAACAAAUGACACGGAUGGCUGCAAAAAGGGAGGCAGCUCAAAGGUGGGAUCGUGCAUAUGGUCCAAAAAUUGUAGGGAUAAUUGAGAAGGCUAAAUCAGACGCGAGGUUUAUGAGAGCAGAUUAUGCAGGUAAUAAAAAAUUUGAAGUUCGCAACACAGAUGGUUUGAGGUGGAGUGUGGAUUUGUUGACAAAAGAAUGUGCAUGUAGGAAAUGGAAAUUGACUGAAAUUCCCUGUGCACAUGCCGUUUCUCGUAUGCUGUCAAGGAUAAUAGAAAUAGAUGAAUUUGUAGAUGAAUAUUACAAAAAGGAGAGAUAUCUUAUGGCAUACAACCCCGUGAUUCAACCAAUGUCAGGUCCCGAACUUUGGCCCGAAUUAGGGAAACACCCAUUGAAGUCACCAGUAAAGAAGAAGCAGGCAGGCAGGCCUAAAAAGCUCAGAAAAAGAUCUCAGACCGAACCACCCACUGGAAUUAAAAUGACCCAAACAGGCAUGCAAAUGACGUGUAGAAGGUGUGGAGAAGUUGGACACAAUAAGAGAACAUGCACUGCACGGACGCAGCCUACUGACGCACCACAGUUACAGAAGCGGAAGAGAGAGAGAGAGAGUUGCAGCUACCUUAAAGGGAAAUGCACCAUAGUCAUAGUUACAGAAGCAGAAGGGAAAGAAGUCCAAAGCAGUUUUUAUGUUGCAUCUAUACUUGAAGCUGUUGUUGAUUUUGCACUGGAAACUGUUGUUAAAGUGAUGGGGUAUUUACUGCUUCCACUGCAAGAUUUGCCAAACCUUCCAUCUCUCGUCUCGACCUCAGAAGACCAGGUAUCAGCUCUCUUGAUCUCUGACACAUUGGGAGAUCCUACGAAAGAAAGAACGUACAGCCUUGCAGAACCAUACCUUGUGGACAGGAUGUUGACAGAGAGUGAGAAACUAACAACUGACAGACAAUUUAUUAGGGUUGUACUU